AUGCUGCUGUGGGUAGCCCUCCACCAGGAUCAGUUUGACAAAGAAGAGCAGAUGGUUGUAUGGAUACUGUACCAUAUGACAGAUAAGGCUGCUGACUGGGUGCUCCCCAUCAUUGGGACCAUCAUCAAGGGCAAAGGAAGUCCCCCAACCACCAUUCCAGCCUUAAUGGCCAAAUUCAAAGAAGCCUUUGCCAACCCAGAUGCCAAGAGGGCGGCCGCCAGAAAAAUUGCUGCGCUGACUCAGACAACUACCAUGUCUGAGUACAUCACCAAGUUCUGCAACCUUAUUGUGGAAUUAGACUGGAACAAGGAGGCCCUUCACUGGAAGGUCAAGGAACUCCUGUCCACCAAGGACAACAUCCCCAACAAGCUUGAGGCCAUCUUUGCAGCUUCAAUUAAAAUUGACAACACUUGUUGGGAAAACAAGGAGAACUGGCCCAAAAAGCAACUGGCUAAGUCCCCAGCUACGGUAGCCACCACCUCCACAACCACCACUCAACAGGUCUGCCUAUCAGAGGAUCCUAAUUACGUUACCCUGGAGGAAUGGGACUGCUGCCACGCAUCAGGCCUCUGCAUCAAAUGCAGCCAAAAAGGACAUGGCAUCAAACAAUGUCCAAACAGCUGGAAAGCCACCAUUAAGGAGGUUGCCAAAGUGGCUGAGGAAGAAGAUGUGCAUGUAUUGGAUUAUGAAUUUGUAUCCUUGGCUCUGGACUCAAAUAAAAAACCACUAUUAUUUAUUGAUCUAUCACUGCAUGACUUCCCAACGGAACCCCUUAGAACCCUCAUUGACUCUGGAGCCACAUCAAAUUUCAUUUCCCCCUUGAUUGUGGAAAAAUAUAAAAUUCCAAAAACCCAACUUGAAAAUCCACAAGUUGUGAGAAUGUUAGAUGGUACAAUCUCCCAGACUGGUUGCAUUUGGCACCAGGUUCAACUCAUGGUCUUGGCCAAUGGCCACACACACUCCAUCCCCUUCCUUGUUUGCCCCAUAGGCAACACCCCAGCAAUCCUUGGCAUGACCUGGCUGACAACAGAAGCUCCCCUCAUUGAUUGGCAACAAGGACUAGUCACAUUCCCUGAACAAGCACAGAUUGCCUCAGAAGAAGAAGCUGACCCAAACCCCCUGGCAGACCUCCCUGCUCAAUAUCAUGAGUUCACCAAGGUAUUUGGUGAAGAAGAGUUCAAGGUCCUCCCUCCACAUAGGGAGUAUGAUAUCUCCAUCAACCUAGUCCUGGAUGCCAAACUCUCCCCUGGUCCCAUUUACAGCAUGAUGGAUGCAGAAUCAAAAGCCCUAAAGCAGCAUAUUGAUGAGGAAUUGGCAACAGGGAAGAUCCAUCCCAGCACCUCUUCUGCCAGCGCCCCAGUCAUGUUUGUGAAAAAGGUGGAUGCAUCCCUUAGGCUGGUUGUGGACUAUUGGAAGCUCAAUGAGGUCACCCACAAAAAUGGUUACAACAAUGUACAGAUCAAGGAAGGCAAUGAAUGGAAAACAGCUUUAAGAACCAAAUAUGGACUAUUUGAAUACUUGGUCAUGCUGUUUGGCCUCACCAACGCCCCAGCUGCCUUCCAGCACUUCAUGAACAACCUGUUCAGGGAUCUUAUUGACAUCACAGUGGUGAUCUACCUGGACAAUAUCCUCAUCUUCUCAGAAGACCCUGCUCAACACCCCACUCACAUUAGAGAGGUCCUAUUGCGCCUAAUGAAGAACCAACUGUUCUGCAAGUUGUCCAAACAUCACUUCCACAUCACCAUGGUUGACUACUUAGGUAUUGUUAUCUCCCCCAGCAGCUUCUCCAUGGACCAGAAAAAGAUAGAAGCAGUUACCACGUGGCCCGCACCCAGAACUGUCAAACAGGUUCAGGCCUUCUUGGGCUUUAAGGAAUCCACUUGGUCAUGGAAUCACCCAGAGGAAGAGGCUUUCCAGGAGCUUAAACAACUUGUUACCCAGGCGCCAGUCCUAGUGCACUCCAACCCUGAACUCCCCUACUACUUAGAAACAGAUGCAUCAGGGGUAGCUAUGGGAGCCAUUCCAAGCCAAAGAGGAGAUGACAACUGCCUACACCCCACUGCCUAUAUGUCCAAAUCUUUCUCAGGAGCCAAAGCCAAUUAUGACACUCAUGACAAAGAACUCCUGGCAAUCAUCAAAGCUCUUGAGGAAUGGCAAAUCUUCCUAGAAGCAAUGGACAAACCAGUACAAGUCUUCACCAAUCAUAGGAACCUGGAGUACUGGAUGCAGGCAAGGACAUUCAACAGGAGGCACGCAUGUUGGCGGAUAUUCCUGAGCAAUUUCAACUUUGAAAUUCAUUAUUGCCCAGGAAAACAAUCAGGAAAACCAGAUGCCCUGUCCAGACGCUCUGACUACGUCAAUCAACCUCCAGAACCGGAAAUCAUGCUUCUGGAGGAAGUCUUUGCCAACACAACAGAAGAAGAAUUGGAAAUUAUCAUGGAUAUUUGCACCAAGCUCAGGGAAGAUCCAUCAUUAGAACCCAUUAUCCAAUUCCUUACAGAUAACGCAGACAGCACCCCUCCUUCAAUCAGGAAAGCCUACCAGGAUUACAAUUGGGAAGAAGAUUUACUCUGGUAUUGA